AUGUAAAUUCAAUAAAAAAAAGCACAUACCUUACUUUUUACAGAAAGACAUUCAUCUACAAAUGAUUUAAUCUCACCUAGAGGGGAAAUCUUAAAACUUUUAUCAUAGUCUCCUUUACAGAAAGAAAAAUAAAUUGAAAAAAGAAUUAGUAAAACUUCCUUGCAUGAAAUAAAAAAGUUUUAUUGUAUUCUAAGUUAGAUCACGAAAAAUUGCUUAGGAAUAGUAAAUGAAAAAACUAAACAUUUAAAGAAGAUUAGCUAAAUAAUUUAGGAAGGUUUAUUUGAUUACAAUAUUUCUAUCAAUAAAACAAUAAUAUGAUAAGAAGAUAUUAAAUGUGAAAUUCAAUUAAAAGAAUAAUAAAUACCUCCUUCAUCCAGUAUUUAUGAAUCAGUAUUAAAGCCAAGAAUGAUGCUUUCAAAAAAUUUUGGGAUAUUUUUAUGUUCUUCAUUUUGAUAUACUCAUCUAUUUAUAUUCCUUUUGCAGUUGCUUUCGAAAAAGAUCUAAAAGUUUAUGAAAUAACGUCAUAUUUCUUUUCUAUUAUUUUUUGUAAACAAAUUUAUUAAUUAAAGGCUUUGAUUUAAUAUUAUUAACUAGAAUGUGCUAUUAUGAUGAACAUAACAAUUUAGUAUAAGAUUAAAGGAAAAUAUUUUUAAAUUAUCUUAAUGGAUGGUUUGUAGUUGAUAUCGUCACAAUAAUACCAAUACCUUAUUGUCAAUUGAUUAAAGUAGUUAGAAUUAAAAGAAUAUAAGAAAUUAUAAGUUCAUCUUCUUUAAAUUAAAAUAAGAUGUAUAGUAUUUAAAAUUAAUUUUGGUAGUAUUGAAUUUUGGUUUAAUUUUAUAGAUUAAAAAAAAGCAACCUUAUUUUAAAUUUUAUUUUUUAGUGCCAUAGGAUUCCAUUAUGCUACAUGUUUAUGGGCCAUGUCUAUAUAAUAUUCUGGAAAAGAUAUUCCUCAAUAUAUAGAUGCUAUGUAUUGGGCUAUGUAAACAUUAUCUACUACAGGUUAUGGUGAUGCAAUUCCAAAUGGACUUUUGGAAUAUCUCUGUGCAAUAAUUGGAACAUUUUGUGGUGGUAUGUUUAUGAGUUUAAUUAUUGGUAAUUCUAGAAGAAUUCUUGAUGAUAUGGAUGCUGAAAGUUAAUUUUAUUAAAGAGUCAAUUUAAUUAAGAGUCUUUUUAAUCAAAUAAUUAUACUUCCUGAAUAUAAAGCUGAUAUGUAAAAAUUCUAAAUUAUAAAUCAUAAAUAAAAUUUGAGUUGGACAUUGAUAUAAUCAGACUGGUUUAAUAUUAUUCCAUAAGAUUUAUAGAAUAAAUUAUUACUUUUUGUAGCUAGAAAGGAAUUAUUAAGAAUCUCGUUAUUUAAGAUUUCUAUACCAUUUUCAUUAAAAAUUAUUCGUCAUAUCAGUUUAAUGAAAGCUAAAGCAGGAGAAUUUAUUUGGUUAAAAGGAGAUCCAGUUGAAGAAAUAUACUUUUUGAUUGAAGGAUAAGUUUAAUAUAGAAAUUAAUUUGGAAAAAUAUUAUUAGAGAUUAAAAAUGGUGUCAUUUUCGGAGAAUAAGAAUAUUUUUUAAGAAAAUAAUUUAUUCAAGUUCAAUAAUAAAGAUAACAUUAUGCUAUGGCAAUUUAAGAUUGUUAUUAUUUGAUUAUUAAUAAAUAAAGCUUUUUUGUUAAUCUAAAAGAAUUUUAGGCACUUUAAUAAUAUUUAUCAAUUUUAGCUUUGCAUAGAUUGGAAGAUAUGAAUAUUUAAUAAAAAUAAUAUGAAAUGGAAGCUAAUAAAGUUAGAUUAAAUCAAUAAAGAUUAGAAUUAAUAAAAUAAGCAAAUAAAAUAGAAAUAAGAAAUUGCUUUAUCGUUUCAAAUCAUGAUUAAAAUAUUAUUUAUGAAACCAGGUAAAGUAAAACAGAGGGAAUUUUAGAUAAGCUAUUAAAUAACAAAAAAUCUAAAGUUUACUUGCUUUUGGAUAGAUUUAGGAAAGUAGUACAAAUGAUCAUUUUUGCAAACAAGAGAUUAGAAAAGAAAUUAAAAAAAUAGUAAGGCAAACAUCAUUUAAAAAGAAAGAUUAAGCCUCAUUAAAUAGUACCACUUAGUGUGCUUAUUAAAAUAAGAUAGAAAUUAAUACAUACAUAAAAGUUAAAGAAGAUUGCUUUAGAAAAAAAGAAUGAAUUUAAUAAGAUAGUUUAAGCUCUAUAACAUUGUAAACCAUAUAAUAAAAGUGAUUUUAAAAGAUUGAGUAGUUCUGAAAGCGAAAGAAAGAAAUAAGGGUAUUUUUUGAAUCAUGAUCCAUAAAAAGAAUUGGAUGAUUUUUUUUAAUAAAUGAGUACAUUGGAGAAAAGUUUAGCAUUAUCUCAAUGGUUGGUAAGAGAAAUAUGGAAAGAUAUAAAUAAUGAAUUGAUAAAUAUAAAUAAGGUGUUUGAAAGUAAUGAUUUAGUAAAAAAUGAAUGA